AUGGACUUCGCCCUUAUAAUAGGGCUGAAGACUGGAGACCUCCAUAUACCCAAAAUUCAUUCUACCAAGAAGUCAAUAAGAGAGAAGUACUUUAAAGAAUAUCUCAUCUUAAAGAAACACCUAGGAGAGGUGUUUGAUAAAUUAGUUGACAGUAAUAAGGACGAAGAUGUCAUGAAGGUUGGUUUAAUCAUGUGUGUAGAGUGGUUUGUUAGGGGAACUGACAUAAAAAUUAUGUGCAACAUGGAAAUAUAUGAUUUCAUAUGUUCCCUCCCAAAUUCCACACUUCAUACAAUAUCGAGGCUAGAGGGGUUGGAGACUGAAUUAAUCCUUACCUUGGAACCUACUAGUGAAGAACUGGAGACGAACACCAUUCGUUUGGUCCGUGAUAGAUUUCAGGGCAUUAAAGAUAAAGAGGUGGAAGCCGGGGAAGAGAAUGAUGACGAACAAGGUGGUGAAGGAGAUGGCGAGGGGGAGGGAGAGGGAGAGGCAGAGGAGAAGGGAAAUGGAUAUGAUUUGGCGGAAGAACUGAAGGAGAAGAGGGAAGAGCUGAAGAAGGAGAGCGAAUUGUCGAAGAAAGAGAGGAAAGAGUUGAGGGAGAAGGAAGAGCUUAUCAAGGAGAGGGAACCCAUGCAAAAGGAGAAGGAAACGUUAAGGACGGAGAGGGAAGAGUUGAAUGAGAGAACUCAGUUGAAGAUGGAAAGGGAAUUGUUUUUUAAGGAAAAUGAAGACUUGAAGAAGGAGAAGGAGGAAUUGAUGAAGGAGAUGGAAAAGUUUGUGAAGGUGAAUAAAGAGUUAAAGAAGGAGAAUGAGGAGUUGAAGAAGCAAAAGGAAGAGUUUCUAACAGAAAGGGGCAAUGGAGAUGAAGAAUUAAAUAAGGAGAAGGAGUUGAAGAAGAAUGAAGAGUUAAAGAAGGAGUUGAAGAAGAAUAGGGAAGAAGAGGAUAUGGAAUAGAAUGAACGAGGGAAUGGAGAGGUGGAGAUUCAACCUUAUACUGCAACGGAGGCUACUAUAGUAGAGAAACCAUUGAUGUCUACUCAUGUUUAUCAAAGGACACCUAAAAGGGACUUGAAGCCGUCUUACUAUAAGGUUUCUCCAUUUUUGUCCAUCUCUGUUAUUCAAACAACUCCCAACAUCGUCGCCGAAUCCGAGAUAUCCAAAAACUUUUGUACUUCUCCGAUGCCCUUACAAGCCCAAAUGGACCCAUUCAGAGUAAAAUCAGAGGAGGAAUUGCAAGAAUUAGAGAGUUGGUAUAAUGCAAACAAAGAGACGGCAGCAUGUGUUUGGUUCAAAUCCAUAUGGGUGAAAGAUGAAUGGGUUGAUAGUGUUGUAAGUAUUUUAUAUAUAUACACAUUUAUUUACAUCUAUUUAGCUCUUAUAUUAGUUUUGAGUUUAAUCAUCCUAUUGUAUUAAUGAUGCGAUUGACAAAUACCUUGAAUUCCUAGAGAGAAGGCAGAAUGAACUUUUAGCAGUAUAUCCUCGGAAUCGCAAGUUCUACCCCACUUAUUUUUGUGGUAAAUGUUUGCAUUAGAUUAUGGUCAAUCUGUUUUCUGUUUAUAUUAGAUUUGUAGUAAUAUUUGAUUUUGUUUGUAAUAGCAAUGUCUCGAAAUCAGUAUGCUGACUUUGAGAAUAUAUCGGGACCAAAAAAGUGUCUUGGAGCGAAAAGCACUACAAGUCGAUAAGGUCAGUGUCUACGGAAUUGUUAAGCAUCGAUAAGGGGUUAAGGCUAUGUGGCAUUACCAACGGGUAAUAUUGUCAUUACAACUUAUCAAUACUGGGUAUACCCUUUUCUAUCAUGUCUUUAAUGCUAUCUUAUUUUGUCAAACAUGGACAAGUAUACGUACCUGUGAACCACAACAAUAGUCAUUGGUGUUUAAUGGUCAUCUACUCACGAGAACGAUUGAUCAUUAUUCUGAAUAGUUUAUAUAUGAAGGCCAUCAAUCGAUACAAGAAAGAGAUUCAGAUGAUGAAGGAGGGACUACCGAUAAUCUUCAAUGCAACAGGUGAUACGUUUGCACUUAACGGGAAGGAUUAAACCAUCAAAGAAGAGAUUUUUGUACCGAAUCAGACAAAUGGUUAUGACUGCAGCAUAUUUGUAAUGAAAUAUAUUGACAUAUUGUACAUCGGUCAAAUUUUAGCAGGAACAAACUUGCAAAAAUGAAUUUAAUUUUUUAGGAAUUCAAUAGCAUGUGAUUGUUUAAGUGUUACUUAUAGAUGAUAUUUGCCUUUGGCAUGGGAGGAAGAGGAAAAUUUAGUGAAAUGUUGUAUUUUGUUGUGAAUGAUGUCUUAUAUAAAAUUCAUUGUGAAUGAAGAUUUGUUUGUGAAUUGUUCAUUAAUUUAAUUGUGACUAGUGAUUUGUUUGUUGAUUGUUAUGAUUUUUCUGAGUUCGCUGUCAAUUCCAUUGAGUUCUCAGUUAAUUUCACGAAGUUGUCGAUUAGUUUCGCAAGUUCUCCAUAAAUUUCAUAAAGUUCUCGUUCAAAUUCAAGAAGUUCUUGGUCAAUUUCUACAAGUUCUCGAUCAAUUUCAUGAAGUUCUCGGUUAAUUUCUGCAAGUUCUUAGUCAAUUUCAUUCAGUUCUCGGUCAA